CCCCCCGCCGGCUUCACCCCUUCAGCCACGCGCCGCUAGCCGCGAGCUGGCAGGCGGCGUUAGCGCGGCCGGUACCCGUCUGCUGAGGGGACCCAGCGGGUGGCGGAGCGGGACUCAUGGCCGCGUCCAACCGGAUGAUGCUGGGGCCACUGGUGGGCUCCAUCGAUCAGGGCACCAGCUCCACUCGCUUCCUGGUUUUUAAUGCGAAAACAUCAGAGCUCUUGAGUCACCAUCAAGUCGAGAUAGUGCAGAAAUUCCCUAAAGAAGGAUGGGUGGAACAAGAUCCAAAGGAAAUAUUAAGUUCUGUCCAUGAAUGUGUGGAAAAGACCUGUGAGAAACUGCAACAACUGAACAUAGACAUCACUAAUAUAAAAGCCAUUGGAGUCAGCAAUCAGAGAGAAACAACAGUGGUCUGGGACAAGACAACUGGAGAACCUCUUUAUAAUGCUAUCGUGUGGCUUGACCUGAGAACCCAGGCAACAGUUGACCGUCUUCUUAAAAAAAUUCCAGGAAAAAACAAAUCCUUUUUUAAGUUUAGGACUGGUCUUCCACUUAGCACUUAUUUUAGUGCAGUAAAACUUCGAUGGCUUUUGGAUAAUGUGGAAGAAAUUAAGCAAGCAGUUGGUGAUGGAAGAGCUAUGUUUGGGACUAUUGACUCAUGGCUUAUAUGGAGUUUGACAGGUGGAAAGAAUGGAGGUGUUCACUGUACAGAUGUAACCAAUGCCAGCAGAACAAUGUUGUUCAACAUUCAUUCCUUGGAAUGGGAUCCUGAACUCUGCCAGUUCUUUGAUAUUCCUAUGGAAAUACUCCCAAAAGUACGAAGCUCCUCUGAGAUUUAUGGCCUGAUGAAAAUCUGUCCUAGCCUGAAAUCUGGAGCUUUGACAGGUGUACCAAUUUCAGGGUGCUUGGGUGACCAGUCUGCUGCUCUUGUUGGGCAAAUGUGUUUUCAAGAUGGGCAGGCAAAAAAUACGUAUGGAACAGGAUGUUUCUUGUUGUGCAAUACAGGUCAGAAGUCUGUAUUUUCUGAGCAUGGUCUUCUAACCACAAUAGCUUACAAACUGGGCAGAGACAAACCUGUUUGUUAUGCACUAGAGGGAUCUGUUGCAAUAGCUGGUGCUGUUGUUCGUUGGCUGAGGGACAAUCUAGGUAUCCUUAAAACUUCACAGGAAGUUGAAAAACUGGCUGCAGAAGUGGGGACUUCUUAUGGCUGCUACUUUGUGCCAGCAUUUUCAGGACUAUAUGCACCAUACUGGGAACCCAGUGCAAGGGGUAUUAUCUGUGGCCUUACUCAGUUUACAAAUAAAAACCACAUUGCCUUCGCUGCACUAGAAGCGGUUUGCUUUCAAACACGAGAGCUUUUAGAUGCCAUAAACAAGGACUGUGGGGUACCACUAAAUCAGUUACAGGUAGACGGAGGAAUGACCAAUAAUAAAGUCCUCAUGCAACUCCAAUCAGACAUUCUCUGUAUUCCAGUAGUAAAGCCAUCAAUGCCUGAAACAACAGCUCUAGGAGCUGCUAUGGCAGCAGGAGCUGCAGAAGGAGUUGGAAUUUGGAGUCUGAAUCCUGGAGAUUUGACAGCAGUGACAUGUGAACGAUUUGAGCCACAGAUCAACCCAGAGGAAAGUGAGUUUCGCUUUGCCAGAUGGAAGAAAGCUGUGAUGAAAUCUAUGGACUGGGUGACAUCUGACAUUUCUUCAAAUGGUGACAGUAGUAUCUUCUCUAGUCUGCCUUUGGGUCUUUAUAUUAUGAGUAGCAUGAUAAUGUUAAUCGGAGCAAAGUACAUCUCAGUCAUCAGUUUAGUAGGUUUGAGGAUUGAACCCACUGAGGAUUGAAUUCAUCCUUCAUGUGCUGAAACAGCAGUAAUGGUAAUUGAGACCACUUAGCGGACUCUCUGGAUGCAGCUGAUUUUUUUUUUUUGUUUCUUUUUGUUUUGUUGUCUGAAGAGAUUCCACCACCAGUGUGAUUAUACUGUUUGUAUGACUAAAUCCACUCAUGAAUCCAUCUGUUGCCAUUCUCUGAGUAACAUCCCCGUGGUACACUGAAACAUAAGUCUUCAGCCCUUCAUUGCUCUGCUCCCUUCCCCGUCAACUCCAACUGCACUGGAGGCCUUUGCAUCGACUAUGUUACAUGAUCCUCUAAAAUUUCACAAGGCCUAGCUUUGAGAAAGUGGGUACAAAAAACACUGCAACUUGUGAGUAAUGUCAGAUGUUUAGCUGUCCUUUCAGGGUUUUGAUUCUUUAUACAGCACACUGCAGAAGGUUAAUGAUGCACUAAAGAACUUUGUAAACAUCACAGCAAUUCUUCCAGCUGCUGUGAAUUACCUUUUAUAUGUCUAUGGUUGCCAAAGAUUUUCCAUUGUAGUGACCACUGGUCUGAAACACCUUCAGUGCUACAAACCUUUUAAACACCAGCUGAAAACGUAUUACCUGUUGCACACCGCCACCAGUUUGGCGAUGAAGAGGUUGCUGAUGUGGUCCGCAAAGUACUGUUGAAAUGAUCAAUUACAAAGUUUAAAAGUUUGUUUUGGCUUCUGUAGGUAGUCAGUUUACCCCUUAUGAGUAUUUAAGACAGUAGUUCCUGUAGCUGUUCCUUUAAAAGAGGUAGGAGUAAGUAGGUGUUUUUGUUAAGGCCAUGUUUUACAUUCUUGCGCUUUUCUGUUAGUUGGAAAGACAAAUUUGAUAUGUCAUGUUGAUAGGACAGCUUCUUGGCCCUCAGCCCAACUGGUAACUUAAAACUACUGUGUACAAUGCACUUCUGUUGAUCAAUACUGCAUAUAUUCUGUCAUCCUGCUUAAGGAUAUUUUAGUGACUAUUCACUAAACUUUUGAAAGUUGAAGCUAACUUAGUUUUCCUUAAAGAGGGUCCACUUCAAAUUAAGUAUUAGUGCUUUAGUUCUUGGUCUCAUUUAGUAGUAUCUCAGGGACCAAAAUCUCCCUUUCAGUUUUCACAUCCAUGGUUUUAAUAGCAAGUUGUUGCAAAAUUUGCUGGGGCAACCUAAAGUGCACUUAACACCUGAAAUGGGCCACUGGAAUUCACGGGCAGUGUGCAUGACAAUUGAGUUGCAUCCCCUUUGAAACUUUUUUUCCUCCACAGGUAAAAGAGUGAGGCAAUAAAUCAUUUUAUCUUCA